CUUAGGUGCAUUUCAAAUCGUAGUUGAAAGAAGGAGUAUUGAGACAGACGAAUCAUACACCCAAAAUGCGCAAUCGUGCUGCUGUGUUUCGUGUGGUCCUUCUACUUCAUUGUACACGAGUUUUUGCGCAGGUACAUCAAGUUUCAUACACGUGUCAUAAGCCCAUAAAUGACGCAGAUGAAUUCAUACUGGAGUUGCGAUUGAAACCAAGUGGCGAUACGGCUGUUACCGGUUUACAGUCUGCCGUAAAAUACUAUUAUGUGUUAACUACUCCGAAUUGUUCAGCAACAUUAACUGAUGGAACGUACGUGCUGAGCAAGUCCAUAAAUGUUGAAGAUUCGGAUUGUGGUGUAACAAAAGUUCAAACGGUUGAUGUCGUUGGAUAUGUUGCACCGUCAAUUGCUGACAAUGAACAGUUUCAAGCAUACCGAGACUACUGUAAGCCGAUUGUUAAAGUCGUCGAUUGUGUAGAACCUUCAAUUGCUUACAAUGAGCUGUUUCAAGCAUACCGAGACUGCUGUAAGCCGAUGAUUGUUGUCAUUGAUUGUGUUGAACCUUCAAUUGCUGACAAUGAGCUGCUUCAAGCAUACCGAGGGUGA